CCCUAUCAAGGGGCCAUUCAAGUAGUGGCUGCUUUAGGUGUUUCAUAAGUGCUUUCGUUGUUUUUAAGGAGAAAGACACUCCAGUUUUCUGCGUGAAGGCUUUGUUUUUUUUAGCUUUUUUUUUGCUUCCAUGUUUCACCCCACAAUCUGUAACAAUCAUUGGCAACUUUUGACAUCAUAUUUGUGAGGAGCUUGGUGUUUAACAUCUCAAGUAGGUGCUUCAAGCAAAGCCAAGUUCAUCAAUUCCAAUGGAGUUAACUCCAAGAGGAAGAAAUCAAGGCCAUGUCUUGAACUUUGAUAGAGAUGCAGAUUCUUUUGUGGAGGAAGAUAAGGAGCUUCUGUCAAAGUGGGCUGCUAUAGAAAAAUUACCCACUUUCAAACGAAUUAAAACUUCUUUUGUUGAUGUCAGUCAGGAAGAGACUGAAAGCAGUAGCAGCAAGGAUGUGAGGUUGAUGUUACAAAGCAGUAGCAGAAGGGUGGUUGAUGUUACCAAGCUUGGAGCAGUUGAAAAGCGUUUGUUAAUUGACAAGCUCAUAAAGCACAUUGAGAAUGAUAACCUCCAACUGCUGCAGAAACUAAGAGAAAGGAUGGAAAGAGUUAAUGUGAAGUUACCUAAUGUGGAGGUCAAGUACAAGAACCUGAAUGUAGAAGCAGAAUGUGAUGUUGUUCAAGGGAAGCCACUACCUACUCUAUGGAACUCUCUUUUUAGCUUAUUUUCAACUAUAUCCUGUAAUUCUCAAGGAGCCAAUAUAAGCAUUCUGAAUGAUGUCAGUGGCAUCAUAAAACCAUCAAGGCUCACUCUUCUUCUUGGUCCACCAGGCUGUGGGAAAACGACCUUGUUAAUGGCACUGGCCGGAAAACUAGACCAAUCUCUCAAGGUCACUGGAGAAAUCUCUUACAAUGGUUGCAAGCUAGACGAAUUUGUUCCUCAAAAAACAUCAGCUUACAUAAGCCAGUAUGACCUGCACAUUCCUGAGAUGACAGUCAGAGAAACAAUUGACUUUUCGGCACGCUGUCAGGGGGUUGGAAGCAGAGCUGAUAUAAUGGCUGAAAUCACUAGGAGAGAAAUAGAAGAAGGAAUCAUCCCUGACCCAGAUAUUGACACCUAUAUGAAGGCAAUUUCAGUUGAAGGACAAAGUGAAAAUCUUCAAACAGAAUAUGUUUUAAAGAUUCUCGGACUGGAUAUCUGUGCUGACACACUGGUUGGUGAUGCACUAGAUAGAGGCAUUUCAGGUGGACAGAAGAAAAGGCUAACUACAGGAGAGAUGAUUGUGGGUCCAAUAAAAGCUCUUUUUAUGGAUGAAAUAUCAACUGGUUUGGACAGCUCCACAACCUUUCAAAUAGUUACAUGUCUCCAGCAAUUGGUGCACAUCACAGAUGCAACUGCAGUGCUUUCACUUCUUCAACCAGCACCAGAAACCUUUGAGUUAUUUGAUGAUCUUAUAUUGAUGGCAGAGGGGAAGAUAGUAUACCAUGGCCCCUGCAGUCAAGCACUCCAAUUUUUCAAGGAUUGUGGUUUCUGGUGUCCAGAAAGAAAAGGAGUGGCAGACUUUCUUCAAGAGGUAAUCUCUAAGAAGGAUCAAAGGCAAUACUGGUACCGCACAGAUGUUCCUUACAAUUAUGUUUCAGUAGAUGAGUUCUGUCAAAUCUUCAAAACAAGUUAUUGGGGACGGAUGUUAGAUGAUGAGCUCUCACAGCCAUAUGAUAAAUCACAAUCCCAUAUAAAUCCUUUAUCAUUUAGCAAGUACUCCUUGGGAAAAUGGGAAUUGUUUAAAGCUUGUAUGAGGAGAGAACUUCUCCUCAUGAGACGAAACUCAUUUAUCUAUAUAUUUAAAACUGUACAGCUUACAAUCACUGCAAUCAUAACAAUGACAGUGUUCUUACGUACUCAGUCGGCUGUGGACUUGAUAGGUGCAAACUAUUUAUUGGGAUCAUUGUACUACACACUUGUUCGCCUCAUGACUAAUGGAGUUGCUGAGUUAAUCAUGACUAUUACUAGACUCCCUGUUGUUUAUAAGCAGAAGGCAUUUUAUCUUUAUCCAGCUUGGGCUUACUGUCUUCCAGCUUCCAUUCUAAAGAUUCCAUUUUCAGUUCUUGAUUCUAUUGUUUGGACAUCAGUGACAUAUUAUGUUAUAGGCUACAGCCCUGAAAUAACAAGGUUCUUGCGCCAGUUUCUUUUGCUUGUCACUUUGCAUAUGUCAUCAACCUCCAUGUGUCGUUGCCUUGCCUCAGUUUUCAAAACUGAUGUUGCAGCUACAACUGUUGGUUCCUUGGUAUUAGUACUGAUGUUCUUGUUUGGAGGCUUUAUUCUUCCUCGACCAUCAUUGCCAUGGUGGUUGAGGUGGGGUUUUUGGCUUUCUCCCAUGACAUAUGGGGAAAUAGGAAUAACACUGAAUGAAUUUCUUGCUCCUCGCUGGCAGAAGAUCCAAGAGGGAAACAUCACCAUAGGAAGGGAGGUUCUUAGUAGUCGUGGUUUAGACUUUGAUAGCAACUUCUACUGGCUAUCAGUUGGAGUCUUACUUGGUUUCACAGUUCUAUUUGAUUUUGGAUUUAUCUUGGCAUUAACAUACUUAAAAGGUAAGUCUUAUCUAAGUUAUUACAAGGAAAAAAAAAUCAAAGAAUUUUUUUAUUUUGCUCAAUCCAUUGAUUUGAUGGGAAAUGUAUUUCAGAGCCCAAGACAUCUAGAGCUUUAUUUCAAACAAAUAGUAAGAAAAAUUGGUAUCUUUUGCAUGGUUGUUCAUACAGGGAAAAUGGUCCUGCCCUUUGAGCCACUGACAAUAACAUUUAAGGAUGUCCAGUAUUUUGUUGACACCCCUCCGGAGAUGAAAAAACAUGGUUCCAAUGAGAAAAAACUACAAUUGCUCCGUGAUAUCACAGGAGCCUUCAGGCCAGGAAUACUUAGUGCACUGAUGGGAGUCAGUGGAGCAGGGAAAACAACUCUCAUGGAUGUCCUUUCAGGAAGAAAAACUGGAGGUAUCAUUGAAGGAGAUAUAAGAAUUGGUGGAUACCCCAAAGUGCAGAAGACAUUUGCAAGAGUUUCAGGUUACUGUGAACAGAACGACAUACAUUCUCCAUAUAUAACAGUUGAAGAAUCUGUCACGUACUCAGCUUGGUUGCGGUUGCCUACAGAGAUUGAUUCAGUCACAAAAGGGAAAUUUGUUGAAGAAGUCCUUGAAACAAUUGAACUUGAUGAUAUAAAGGAUUGUUUAGUUGGCAUCCCAGGCCAAAGUGGCUUAUCUACCGAACAACGUAAAAGACUAACCAUUGCCGUGGAGCUUGUUUCCAAUCCAUCAAUAAUCUUUAUGGAUGAACCUACAUCAGGUUUGGAUGCCCGAGCAGCUGCAGUUGUUAUGCGUGCAGUGAAGAAUGUUGUUGCCACUGGUAGGACCACGGUUUGCACUAUACAUCAACCAAGCAUUGACAUAUUUGAGACUUUUGAUGAGUUGAUUCUCAUGAAAUCUGGAGGACAGAUUAUUUACAGUGGAAUGCUAGGUCAUCAUUCAAGUAGACUAAUUGAAUAUUUUCAGAAUAUACCUGGAGUGCCAAAGAUCAAGGACAAUUAUAAUCCUGCAACUUGGAUGUUGGAAGCUACCUCUGCAUCUGUAGAACAAGAACUUAAAAUAGAUUUUGCAGAAAUCUAUAAAGAGUCACACCUUCACCGGGAUACCCUUGAAUUGGUGAGAGAGCUAAGUGAACCACAGCCAGAUUCAAGAGACUUACACUUCUCAACUCGCUUCCCUCAAAGUACCUUGGGGCAGUUUAUGGCAUGCCUAUGGAAGCAACACUUGUCCUAUUGGAGAAGUCCUGAGUACAACUUAAUACGUUUCGUGUUCAUGGUUGUUGCAGCAAUAAUAUUUGGGGCAGUAUUUUGGCAGAAAGGGAAAGAAAUAAACAAUCAGCAGGAUUUGUUCAACGUACUUGGAUCAAUGUAUAUUGCUGUAAUAUUCUUGGGCAUAAAUUACUGUUCAACAAUUCUACCAUACGUGGCAACUGAGCGCAGUGUUUUGUAUCGAGAAAAGUUUGCGGGAAUGUAUUCUUCCAUGGCUUAUUCAUUUGCACAGGUGGCCAUUGAAAUACCAUAUAUCUUAGUGCAAGCAAUUUUAUAUGUGGCUAUCACAUAUCCAAUGAUAGGUUUCCAUUGGUCAGUUCAGAAAGUCUUUUGGUAUUUCUACACCACAUUCUGUACAUUUUUAUACUUCACAUAUCUGGGAAUGCUGAUAAUGUCAUUGAGCUCAAAUCUGGACAUAGCUUCGGUAUUGUCAACUGCAGUCUACACCAUAUUCAAUCUCUUUUCUGGAUUCCUCAUGCCAGGACCGAAAAUUCCUAAAUGGUGGGUUUGGUGCUACUGGAUUUGCCCUACAGCUUGGUCCCUGAAUGGCCUCCUAACUUCACAAUAUGGAGACAUGGACAAGGAGAUACUCAUAUUUGGGGAGCAAAAACCAGUUGGUUCCUUUCUAAAAGAUUACUACGGAUUUCGGCAUGACAGAUUAAGCAUUGUGGCCGUGGUGCUCAUUGCUUUUCCAAUCAUUUAUGCCUCUCUCUUUGCCUAUUGCAUUGGGAAAAUGAAUUUCCAAAAGAGAUAAGACACACAUACAGAUUGCUUCUUCUGCAGUAUGGUGGCUACAAUUUUCACGUAUACAAGUAUACAAGUAUAGAAGUACAAGGCUACAGCAGUUAGCAUUUAGCAUUUAGCAAGACAUAUCUUGCAAGAUGUUUAUACAUAUACAUAUAUACUUACAUGUAUUCAAGAAUUUAUAGCACUGAUGAGUGGACAAUAAAAUAAGUUUUUGUCCAUAUCCAUGUGUAUAUUUUUAUCCUGUUUAUUUUUUAAGAACAAGCUAAUGAUUAAGAUCCAAGUUGUACAAGUUUAAAGAACACUUAUUCCCUCUGAGAAGGGGUAUA